AUGGCGCCUGCCAAACCGAGAACAAGUAAUGCGGCGGCAGCCAAGCCUCGCAAGAGACGCCAGAGGAAGACGAGGACCAUGGCCGUCUCCUCGGACGACGACUCCGAUUCGUCCUCCUCCGACUCCUCCUCGUCGUCCAGUAGCGAAGAGUCUGAGCCGUCGACGGCACUCAAGCGUGGUCAGGGCAAGAAAAGGCCUCGGAGGCAGAGGGCCGACUCAGUGUCUUCUGCUUCGUCCUCUUCCUCCUCUUCAUCUUCAUCAUCGUCGUCGUCAUCUUCAUCUUCUUCCUCAUCUUCAUCCUCGUCGUCAGCUUCCUCAUCGUCCUCGUCUUCCUCGUCUUCAUCCGGCAGCUCUUCUGUAAGACGUGGCCGAAGGCCUGCAAGCAAACGCACUCAUUCUACGAAUGUCGAUGACACAGCUGCAUCCUCCUCUUCAGCUAAGCGCAAGCAUGUAUUCCGUCUCAGCCCGGAACCGGACCACGGUCAGGACGAGUCGACCCCUACAAGGAAGUCGACAAGCUUUAUGCAACGGGUCGUCACCCAAGCGCAACCAUCCCCGCCCGCUCUCCCUGAUCACCUUCAGCGCAUCGUCGAUGCCAAGUCUGCCUCUUCCGCAACAACCCGCUCUGGCAGCCGCUCCAAAUCGUCGCCUCAGCACUCGCAAGCCCAGCGCGAACGUCGUCAACAGGCUUUCCGCUCUCUCUGGCUCAGAUCUGUUGCAAACGAGUUUGGCGACGAACUCGAUGCUAUUCGUACCCGCGAACCCACCCUCGGCGCAGAUGGUGGUACCCGCCUUCCGCUGUUCAUCGAUGCACUCGCCGCCGGUGCCGAACUCUUCUCGGCUCUCGACAACAGCCGCUCGAAGUCCGAUGACAAGCUUGAUGAGAUUGCUCUGGCAUCCAACCUGCGUUGA